AUGGCGGUAGAAGCACAGCCAAUGGGUCUAGGACCCGAAAACCAGACCCCGCCCAUGAAGUUCUCCCGGUAUCGAUCUGUGAGACGAGCAACUUCCCAGAAACAGGAGCCUCUGAAAACAGCGAUUCCCGCUAUUCCCGUCCCUCCAGUGCCGUCUAAUCCAACCUCUCCGGUUUCUGCCAACCAGCAAGGAGUGGUGAGAAGUGCGUCACGAUAUCGACGCCAGAGAAAAACUGCACUAUCGCCCACCGCGCAGCAUCCAGUACUGGUUCCUGCUCCUUCGUUUCAUGCGCCCGGAAUAUCCAACGGACCAUCGUGCAGUCCACCGAAGAAUCUGAAAGCAGUGGAAAAGGGAGACACAUCUAGGGACGGGGAGGAUGAGGUCGCACGUACAAGACACCGACAAGAUGCGAUGAGCCGGUUGGUAGGGGGAGACAGCAGGCCGGCAUCUAAACAAACCUUGGAAUCGAGAACAGAUUCCUCUAGUUAUCGCAAGCAUGCCAACGAGAACGACCAUGCCACCUCGCCAAACGGCCAGCAAUCUGGAAAAGAGACCAAAUUUCGAUCAUUAAAGGAUACCAUGAAACUGUUUCGGUCAAAGGGUGAGGCUGAAAAAGAGGGCACAUCAGCAGAACCUUCUGAGCUAAGUGGUACUACCUUCCCUGGCGUGGAUGCCCCUGUUUCCGCAGCCAACGCGGGGGAGCGACAGGUGCUUGUUCAGUACCGAAAGGCGUCCAAUUUUCUUCCCAUCACGCUUUCGACCACAGCGCAGGAUCUGCUACUAUCGGCUCAAGAUUGCUUCGAUAUUGAAGCCCAAACUUUUGUUUUGAUCGAGCGUUUCGCUCAGUUCGGCUUGGAGCGGCCAUUGCGAAAAUACGAAUAUAUUCGCGAUGUCAUGAAUUCCUGGACCAGCGACACGGACAACAAAUUGAUCAUAGUUCCUGCAGCAAGCUUGGACGCUUUGCAUCAGCUUGAGGCACAGAGUGCCCCGGUUGAACAACCUGUGGACACGACGUUUCACAUCUAUCAUUCUCAACGUUCUCGGAAAUGGGACAAGCGAUACGUGACGUUGCGUGCGGAUGGCCAGGUCACCGUGUCGAAGAAGUACCAAGGACAGGACCAGAUGAAUAUCUGUCACUUGUCCGACUUUGAUGUCUAUUCCCCUACGCUUAGUUCACUUUCAAACGAUGUGAAGCCACCGAAGAAGAUUUGCUACGCUGUUAAGAGCCAGCAGAAGGCUAGCAUGUUCCUAUCGACGGAGAACUAUGUUCAUUUCUUCUCUACAAGCGAUAGGGGGAUAGCUGAAGGUUGGUACAGAGCUAUUCAGGCAUGGCGCAGCUGGUACCUGGUUAGCAUUCUGGGUAAUGGCCAAAACAAGGACGAAGCAUCGGUGUCAGAAAUCUCCCGACAACAGAGCGAUGGAUCAUCAGGAUCAAGGACCUAUCAGUCUAAACCGCUCAAACCGUUGCUUGAGUUUGAGCCUUUGAAUCAGCAGCGCGACGAGGAACACCCCCCCUCUCCCGGGCGUAUAAAGUCUUCAAAAGCAAAACAAUAUCUUUCGCGAAGGAGAAGCACCAAAUCCUCUCAGGGAAAGCCACUCACCCUUGAUACCACCAAUGUCGGUGCCACGGCGCAGGGAGUUGAAGUGUCUCCGUUUUCUUCUACUGGACUCUUGGGCCAGACUUAUGUCAUGCGCCAACGUGCGAUGCAAGAACGGGAAGAGAUCGAGAGGAAGGCAUACGAAGAAGUGUUCAGUCCUCAGGGUCUUGUUUCUGGAGCCGGAGCUGCUGGACGCCGUCAUUAUCCUGAGACUCAAAGCCAACCCAGCAGCCGAUCAAACACAAUGACCAGUACUCAGGGUCCCGACUCCAGCGGACACGUCAGGCGUUCGCAGUCUGUGAGUAAGGGAAAUCAUAAACCCCUUGUCGAUUUGACCCCUGUCUACCAAGAACCACCACAACACGCUCGCAAGGGAAGAGGAGUCGCCAUCGAGCCGGGAACACCCUUGGUCGAUGCUGCGACAACACCCGACUUACCUCGCGGUGCUAUUGCGAUCCCAUCCUCCACGACCUGGAAGCGACUCCCGAUCCCAGAAGAACCUAUAUUGCCGGCAGCCGAUACCGCCAACGUAAAGCCUAGUCGCUCCAACACAGUCCGCAGCACCCGCAACAACCGGUCACGCGCAUCGUCCACAACUCCAACCGACGACGCAUUUAUCCCAAACAGCCUCCUGGCCCGCUCCGCAACACAGAAAGCUACCAACAGUGGACCGAAGGUCGGCCAUGGAAUAGCUACAGGUGAUCGCAACGCUACAAAACCCAUGCUAGACAUGUCUCCGGGGAAUCCGUUUGUGGAGGGAAGUUUGCUUCGAGAUUUGUAG